GAUGCAUGGUGUAUGUCAUGUAUGUCUGUCAUUGUCUGUAAGUAGCGCACCUUUCAUGCCUUUUCAAUAGUCUGAAGAAAUUCCAUGGAUUUGCAGUUCACAAAGUGAUCAUGCAGACCAAGGAACAAUCUCUGAGGCCUGGUGGUUUGGUGGAAAGUAAGGAUUCUGAAGAAGAACUUGGAGUAUCUGAUGAUAGAUUUGAUUACAAUCGUCUGGAAAGAUAUAGAUUUCUGAUGAUGGGGUCUGAAUCCCCAUCUCAUGCCCCGCUUGCAAAUCACCUACAGCCUCCAAGGGUAGGAAAACGCAUCGAUCACACCGGGGGAAGGCUGGAGCUUUUCAACGGUGAAAUCUCCUUGGAGAUCCCUCCAGGAGCUCUUCAGGAGGGUCAAGUGGAAGACAUCACGCUGAGUGUGGACUGGAAUGACAAGCACAUACCGCCGUUGAGACGUAGCGUCAUGAACGUAGCACCGGUAGUCCAGUGCGGACCAACGGGUCUACACUUUGACAAGCAAGUUCAGCUUAAGUUGCCUCACUGUGCCGUCAUACCAGAUACAAAGCACUGUAAAGUGACAAUCCAUUGCAGCCAAACUAAAGAAGGAGAGUCACCACAUUGGCAGAAGAUAGCCAAGCCUGAGGAUUCAGACAUGGCAGUGGAUUGCCAGGAUGGAUGCUUCAUUCUCUCAGUCCGUCAUUUCUGCUUGUUCACUAUCAGUGUGAACGGUGAAGAGUCCCUGGCCAAAAACAUCAUGAUUGUUGGCUACGGACCCAAGCUCAGAAGCUUGGAGGAUGACCAAGAGAUCCGUAUCUAUCUGUAUGAUGACCAUGUCAGUAUCCGAGACAGAAUUCAUCAGGAAGAGCAGAAUCUAGACGGGAAGCAAUUGGAUGGCCCAGUCACAUACCAAUUUGGAAAGUUAAACCAAGGCAAUAUGCAAAUUGAAGUGAAGGACCAUACCAGUUCAUGGCAGCUAACAUUAUGCAGCCAAUGCGUGGAAUUUUCCUUCAGUAAAAUGUGGAAUUCCCAACCUUGGAAUCAAUGCAAGUUUACCUUCUGCACCACCAAUAAAGCCAAGGAGUUCAGGUGUGUCAUACAGUUCCAGCAGACAGGAAAUGAAGAAGUAGCAAAGCUGCAAAUAUCUAACCAUGUGAAGGUAUCAUCAGACUCGAGUUAUCUUCCAACAGGCAGUGGUGCCAAUGGUCACUCAACAUUUGAUGCCCCUGCUCCUCCCCAGGCCCAGCAUGCACCAGGAAUUGUAUCGUUCCAACAAAGACGGACGUCAAGACAGGAUAUAUCGUUGAUAGGAAGUACUGAUUCCGGUAUAUUUCAAGUGGAUGGAUCAUGCACACAGUCUGCAUCCAGUUGGUUCCAGCAGGAAUAUGCAGACGGUCCAAAUGGUUCCUCCAUCAUGCCUAGAAGUUGCAGAUCAUCUUUUGUGACACAAGAAAUCAUUCCAUAUGCAGUUAAACGAUUACUGUGUGAGAAGCUCGAUGUGAUAGAUUAUGCAUUAGGUAAUGACUGGAGGGUUCUUGCUGCGUCAUUUGGCUAUGAUAGAUGUAUUAGUUCAUGGGAAAACCAACGGUCACCUACAAGGUGUAUCAUAAAAGCUGUCCUGCAAGAAAAAAGAAUCAAAUCACUGAAGGAUCUGAAAGACAAAUUACAAGCAAUGAACAGACUUGAUGUUGUUGAAGAGAUUGAAAACUAUGAGCUGAGAACAUGUGAUGGAAGCACUCCCUCAAUACAGCCGGCCAGUGAAGAACCAAUGGCCCUGGGUGACACUCCAAGUCCAGAUGAUACUAUCAAGCCAUUGCCUGGAAGUCAAAGAUUUUUGCAAUUGCAAGCACCUCCACAACCUUUGCAGGUUCCUGAUCAAAGUUGCCCAACAAACGGAUCCCUGUCUAGCACAGACGCAGAACCAGGUGACUCUAAUCCAAACAUGGUGCAACCACCCUGCAAUGGUGCGGCUGUGACUGGACACAUGCUGUCCACUGCUCAACCCCAACACCAUGGUUUGGAUCAUAAGUCGCUUCACAGUACUGAAACAGGGAUUAAUAAUUGCCCACAAACCCCCUCUCCUGCUACAUCCCAAAACCAACCAGUGACCAAUCCCACGGCUUCACCAGACAGCCCGAUGAAUACGUCAGGAAAUAUGACCCCAUGGAGAGAGCCCCCCUCAUCAGGAACCACUGAUGAGAAUAGAAACGAGGAAGCUGUGACACAAGGUGUCAGGAGAAUGUUGUGGGAAUCUGGAGAGUCAAAUGGGUGCUAACAUUAUGUCUCGUUAACACUCUUCUAUAGCAGUGUUGCAGUUGAAGAAUGUUAACUCUUUAGGAAAAGAAUGUGUCCACAGAAAUACGUGUAAUAAUAUUUAGCAAAGUAGUAAGCCUUUUGAAAUAAGAAUUAUUAUACAACACCUGAAUAAAUCCCCGUCAUCUGAUUGGUGGAUCGUUGAUCACGUCAUUGAAUUAUUUGUA